AUGGUGACCCUCGAAGAAGCCACCGCGCUUCUGCAAAAGCCGGCCGACGCAGCCGCAGCCUCCUCGACCCUCGUUCGCGCCCCCUCGCACUACAAACCCCUCAACACCUUCGCCCUGCCAAAAGAACGCUCGUACCAGCAGCAGUAUGCCGACGUCUACUUCCUGCGUCUCACCUCCAUCCGGCCCGCCGUUGAUGCCGCCGCCGCCGAGGCCUGGGACGGCACCGUCAUCGGCGGCGAGGAGGCCAAGCACGUGGACCGUGUUCUUGACGUCCGCCAGGGCGAGCUCUGCUGGGUGACGGGCACCGUCUACAUGGACAUGGCGCUGAAGCCGAACAUCCUCGAGGACGUAUCCAAGGAUCGCUGGAUCUCGGCCCCCAUCUCCACGGACCGCUACUACUCGGGCGACGAUAAAGACAUGAUCAUGCUCGAGGACGACUCAGGUCGCAUCCGCCUCGUCGGCGACAUCCUCAAGUCCAUUCACCUCGUCACCGGCACAAUCAUCGGCGUCAUGGGCUCCGAGAAUGCAAACGGCGAGCUCGAGGUCAUCGAUGUCAAGUUCCCAGACCUCGCCCCGCAACCGUCCCGCUGGACCCUCACCGAUAGACCCUCGGAAGACCACGACAUGUCCGGCACCUCCACGCCUUCCCAACGGCCCUCGUCGAAAAUCGCCAUCGUCUCGGGCCUCUCCUUCUCCGGCUUCGACGCCUCCUACGCCCUCGAGCUCUCCCUCCUCCUCGAAUUCCUCCUUGGCGAGGCCCUCGCCCCUGCAACUCAAUCCUCCGAACUCGCCCACAUUUCUCGCCUCAUCAUUGCAGGAAACUCCAUCAACUCCUCCACCUCCACCGCGAACCCGGCUCUGAAGACGGCGCCCGACAACAACGCCACCGGCAAAAAGACGGCGGCUAACAAGAAGUACGGCUACGACGCCAGCGCCUACAACCCCCUCCCCAGCCAGCUCUUUGACGACUUCCUCGCCGACCUGCUCCCCUCCAUCCCCGUUACCCUCAUGCCCGGCGCCGAGGACCCUGCCAACGCGAGCUACCCGCAGCAGCCCAUCCACUCGGCCAUGUUCCCGCGCUCGCGGCCCUACUGCGCGGCCCCCGGCGCCAAGGAGCCCGGCUGGUUCGACACCACGACGAACCCCUGGGAGGGCGAGGUCGACGGUUGGAGGGUCCUCGGCACCGGCGGCCAGAACGUCGACGACGUCUUCAAGUACGUCGACAGCGACGACCGGCUCGGCAUGAUGGAGGCCAUGUGCAGGUGGCGCUGCAGCGCGCCCACUGCGCCGGAUACGCUUUAUGACGACCCCUUCGUCAUGAAGGACGCCCCCCACCUCUACUUUGUCGGCUGCCAGCCCGAAUUCUCCACCAAGGUCAUCGAGGGUGGCGACGGCCAGCAGGUCCGACUCAUCACCGUGCCGUCCUUUGCGGAGACCAAAGAGCUGGUCCUGGUGGACACGGAAACGCUGGAGGUCUCCAAGGUCAAGAUCACCGCGGCAGCCGCGGCAGCAUCGUGA